ACUAGCCAGCCCGCAUUUCGCCAUUUCCCCGCAGCGGAAAAUAUCCCCCAAAUCCCUAGCUAAACCCUCCCCUCUCUCCCCAAUCGCCUCGCCGUGAUCCGUCGCCGUCGCCGCCAUGGCGCUCUCUAAGCCGCUCCUCUCCCGCCUCCUCCCUCUCCCUCUCCCUCUCCGCCCCCACCUCCGCCUCCUCUGCCUCGCUACCGCAACCCCCACCCCGGCCCCAACCCCGGCCGACGCCGACCAGGCCACCCCGACCGACGCCGCCGCCGAGCGCCGCCGCCGCAAGCGCCGCCUCCGCGUGGAGCCGCCCAGCGCACGCGGCGGUCCGGCGCCGCAGCGCGCCCCGGGGGCGCCGCGCCCGGCGUCCAACCCCAACGCGCCCAAGCUCCCCGAGCCGGCCUCCGCGCUCUCCGGCAAGCGCCUCGACCUCCACCGCCGCAUCCUCGCGCUCGUCCGCGAGGACGACCUCGACGAGGCCGCGCUGCUCACCCGCCACUCCAUCUACUCCAACUGCAGGCCCACGGUGUUCACCUGCAACGCCGUCCUCGCCGCGCUGCUCCGCCAGGCGCGCUACGCCGACCUCCUCUCGCUCCACCGCUUCGUCACGCAGGCCUCCGUCGCGCCCACCGUCGCCACCUACAACCUCCUCCUCCAGGCCUACUGCGACUGCCGCCGCCCCGACACCGCGCUCGAGCACUUCCGCCUCCUCCUCAAGGACGACUCCCCCGUCCUCCCCUCGCCCACCACCUACCGCAUCCUCGCCCGCUCCCUCGCUGAGAAUGGGAAGCUUGAACAGGCCAUCGAGCUCAAAGAUGGGAUGCUGGAGCGUGGCCUCGUUGCCCCUGAUCCCCAGGUGUACGCCCUUGUCAUGGGUGGCUUUGUCAACGCCGGGGAUGGCGACACAGUGGUCUCUCUGUACGAGGAGCUUGUUGAGAAGCUCGGCGGUGGGCAGAUUCUUGAUGGGAUGGUUUAUGGGAACUUAAUGAAGGGGUACUUCUUGAAGGGUAUGGAGAAAGAGGCCAUGGAUUGCUACGCGGAGGUGCUUGGGGAGGGUUCGAAGGUGAGGUUUGGGGCUGUGAGUUACAACAUGGUGCUCGAUGCCCUUGGGAGGAAUGGGAAGUUGGACGAUGCGCUCCAGCUGUUUGAUAGGAUGUGCGAGGAGCAUGAUCCACCAAGGAGGAUUGCUGUGAACCUGGGGAGCUUUAAUGUCAUGGUGGAUGCAUACUGCCGGGCUGAAAGGUUCCAGGAUGCGAUUGAGGUGUUUGGUAAGAUGGGUGAGAAGAGGUGUGCUCCGGAUGCACUCUCCUACAAUAAUCUGAUUGACUGGCUUGGGAAGAAUGAACUUGUUGGGGAGGCGGAACAAUUGUACAAGGAGAUGGGUGAGCGUGGUGUUAACCCUGAUGAGUACACUUAUGUCUUGCUAAUUGAGUCCUACUUUAAGGUGGAUAGGGUGGAUGACUCUGUUUCUUACUUCAAUAAGAUGUUCGUUGCUGGCUUGAGACCUAAUGCCAAUGCAUUUAACAAAGUUAUUGGUGGCUUGGUGAAGGUUGAUAGGCUUGAUGAGGCACAGGGGUUUUUUGAUAAGAUGCCAGAAAAGGAAGUCAAGCCAAAUAUUGGUAGCUAUGAGCUGUUGUUGAGGGCGUAUAUUGAUGCUGCGAGGUUGGAUGAUGCAAUUAAGAUGGCCAAGUGUAUUCUUUUGGAUGAGAGUGUUGUGUUUAGCGAUGAAUUAAAGGCACUUUUGGAAGGGGCACUACAGAAAGAUGGGAGAGAUGGGGAUAUGACGAAGUUGUAUGAGGAUGUUGAGAGGGAGAAAGCAGAGGCAGCUGCACGUGCAGCUGAAGAGAAGGCUAGAGCGGAGGCUUUAGCUAAAGAAGAAGAGGAGAGGAAGAAGGCCGAGGCAAAGGCCAAGGAGGAAGCUGCUGCCAGGGCUAGUCGAGCAGCAAUUGAGGCAGUGCUUGGUCGCAAGAAGGAAGGUGAAAAUGAUGAUUCAACUGUUAAUGUUGAGGAGGCGCAGGUUGUUGAGUCCCAUAGUGACACCAAUGAUAUUACAGAAGAGAAUGAAGGUGAUGAUCAGAAGAAAUCUGGUGAUGCCUUGCCAUAGGUCAGACCUUUGUUUCGUUGUUCUAUUCUCAGUUAAUGGUUAGUUUUGUUUCAAUAGUAGAAUUCUAUUUUAAGAGAGUAUCUAGUAGAUGGUUAACUUGAUAAUUUGAAUGGAAAGUUAUUCAAGUUGCUACUGAUUGUAUGCUGGAAUCUUAUGUGCCACAUCGGUCAUUUGGAGAUAAUCAGAUAAAUAUAUUUUUAUCCCUAUGACUGCUAGAAUUUAAA